AUGACGGGUCACGGAGUUCCGCUUGACACUCUCAAGCAGUGUCUCCAAUUCUUGAUGUGGUUGAAGAAUAAUGGUGUUAAGCAAGGGGAGGUGGCCGAAUAUUUACAUGGGCGUAUCAAAAACCAUUUUAAUUCCCCAUUUCUUUCAGUGGAAAACGUUGAAAAGGGCUUGUCCCCAUUCCUCACUGCCGUGUCAAACUUUUAUGAGAGAUUGUGCUACAAAGCAGAGGCAGGCAGUUAUGGCGGUAGAGACGCAGAGGACAUAGCCAACGCCCUCCUUGACUGUCUCCCUAAAUUCCUCGCCGCGAUCUACUAUUUGGAGUACUGCGUAACUCCCAGUUACGACUCACUUGGCGGAGGCGGGUGGAAGAAGGAUUGGCUGGGAUACAAUGCAGGUGAUUGGUGGGGAGGUGAUCUUGCUAACUAUCUCCACGCUCCAUCCAAGGAGACAAAAUACGGCGUCAUACCCGGUGGGUUUACUUACGGUGAUGUGAGGUAUUACUCACAAUGGAGGGCAUACUACCAGGGUUCUUAUAUGGUUUACGACCUACAAGAUAUUUUGAAAAAGCAACCCUAUAAUUUCUUCCGCAGCGUGUUUGUGAGUUCGGUGUUCUCCAACAAUAGUGGCACCGGUCCUCAGAACACGGCGAACGCUGUCUCAUUGGUCAGAACCUUUUGCGACAUUGUGCUAGGGGAGGAAGGUCAAGAAGGCGGAGAGUUAAUAAAUGCAUUGAAUGACGGUUUACGGCAGCAAGUGAGUUCAACAGAGAAUUCCAUCUGUUGGAAAGACCUAAAAGAUCAUUGCGCUCAGCUUAGGAAGAAAUUUGACAAACUUAACAGAAAGGAUGAACGCUUCGAUUUCACCGGACAGUCGACGCGACUUAUAGAUCUUAACACAAAGGAGCUUGCGAAGGAAACUGCAAAAUGGAUGAGAACCCUCAUGAAACUCCGCCCGAACCAGCUUGGAGAAUACUUCACCAAAUAUCUCUUCCCCUACGGGUUCACGUUUAAUGGAGAAGCUCGGUUCCGAAUUCACGGCAGUAAGUUAAACGGGUUGAAAGAGGAUUGGCGUGAUGUGAUCGGCGCGCUUCAUAAAUCGGGUGACGGCGAUUUGGAUAGGCUUAAAGAAAUUUUGGAAGGUAAGAAUAAAAUUAAUUGUGCCGGGCCGGCGUCCCCACCCAAAAAGCCUGAGGUCCCGCCUGCAAAGGUUCCUGAAGCCCCCAAGGAAGUUGUGCCGGAGAAGAAAGUUCCGGUUGUACCACCUAAAAAACCUGAGGUGCCGCCAGCAAAGGUUCCUGAAGGGAAUCAAAAUGAAGGCAAGAAAUCUGAGGGAGCACAGAACCAGGGGAAGAAAAGUGAGGGAGCACAGAACCAAGGCAAGAAAAGUGAGGGAGCACAGAACCAAGGCAAGAAAAGUGAGGGAACUCCAAAUCCAACUGGAGACACGUCUUCAGGUUCACCAGUUGCAGACUCUGCUGAUGCAAGUCCGUCUCCCGGCGGUCACGGAGCUACAAGUCCUAAAGGGCCUCCGGCCUCGCCUCAGGUUCCAGGUACGUCAGUCAAUCCUGUUGCAACAUCUAGUCCAGCUGGAUCUCCAGACCCGCAAUGGCCUCCUGGUAAAGUGACUCCGGCGCCUUCUUCGGCUCCAGGUUCGUCAGUUAUACAAGCUGUUCAACCUCAACAACCACAGCCUCCCCCUCUUCCUGCAGGCCCUGGCCCCGCUGGUAAGCCAGGUGGCGCGGUUCCAUCUUCAACUGACAGUGAUACUCCAGCUCAACAGCCUACUUCCCCUCAAGCCCCUGUGGCUACUCCGUCUCCUAGUGUUGUAGGUCCAAGCGCUGGGCCAACUGGUGUCCAGGGGACUGGUCCAAAAGGUGGUGGAGGGGCUGGUCUACAAGGUAGUCAAGAUGUUAGUCAACCGACAAAUCAAGGUUCCGAUCACAUUUCAAGCGGCGUCACUACUGCGUCGGGUGGCCCGGCGCCUGGUGGAGGUGGGAGCGGAUGA